AUGGCGGACGCAGAACAGAAGGACAGGAAAGGGCACAUUGCCAAGCCCGAGUACUUUGACGGAAGCAAGACCAAGUUCAAGGCUUGGUGGAGACAGGUCCUCACAGGACCUAAAGCGGAAGUCUGGUCACAGAACUAUUAUGACCAGUUCUUCAGGGACGAUACAGAGAGCUCGGAGAAGACGUGGGCGGUCUUCAAAAUGGAGAUCACCGACGCCUUCCAAGAUUCAAAUCUUGCUGCACAGGCGCAGAUCAAGAUCGAUCACCUGCACCAAGGGCAGAGGCCAGUGGAGGAGUAUUUUCAGGAGUUGGAAAUACUAAUGACACAAGCCGGGUACAAGAAAGAGGAUCAGUACAUCCUGAAAACCAUCCGUACCAGCGUCAAUGAAGCACUUGUCGACAAGGUCUACGGACAAGUCACGGUGCUGACGACAUACGACGGAUGGAAGGCUGUUUUGAUCAAACUCGACAAUGCCUGGCAGGAGCGUCAGCAGGAGAAGGCCAU